AUGGAAAAUCAACCACCCCCAGCCUCCGGCACUGGGCCCCUUUCGGAAACUCCCUCUGACUUGGAGAAUCUUUCCAUCAUUGCGAGAUGCCGCCGCUUCCCUAGAUUCCGGGUUCUCGUGAAUCCUCUCUUUUGGACGAAACUGCAAGUCGAGCUCCUAGGAUGCACCUUUACUCGACCCCAUGUCGCACCUCCAACGCUUGUGAUGAGAGGUCUUGACUCUGGCGAGGUUUUCCGUCCAGUGAAGACCAAGGAUGGGAAAUUCUCCGAGUCCUUUGACAUGACAACCGCAGUCUUGCCUCUCCUUUAUGAUGAAAAAUCAGACAAGGCUCCGCUAGGACUCUGUUGUGAGCCGGAACUGAACUUUGGCUUUGGGGCCUAUCGGGACACUUCAAUACCUGUCUUUUACUUUUACCUGCGAAAUGGACUUGGCCUUCCAACUAAGCCUCCUGUUGCAUAUCUUGAUUCUGACCGCCUUGCUUCAUGGCGCAGGGAGAGGUGUUCUAGAACUUUCUGUGCCUCUGAGUUCAAUAGUGUAGGCCGCAGUUUGGCUGCGCGGAAAUGGAGAAAGCUUCGAUCGACCUUCACCGAGCCACUCCACGAUCCGUACCUGGUGGCGGUAUUGAUUGCCCUUGCCCAAGAACAAUGGAGAGCCUUCGCGACCAAGCCUGUGACCGGCGUCAUCUCCAAAGUGCUAUAUUCGUCCGAGGACACCAAUUUCAUACACCUCUACACUGCAAACAUAUCAUCCGAAUUCAUACGCAUGUUGAGGGACCCGUUCAAAACCCCGUCGGAGCCACAGCAUGUUUCGAUCCGGAUCACCGCCAUUCCCUAUGAACCCCACGAAACCCUGCGUGAUCGCCUUUGGGCGCUGAUACUGUCCGCGACGAGCCUGGAAGAAGUGGGCACGGCAGAGGAUUUGGUUGUGUAUAAGGAGCCUGGUCCUACAACUCCACCAGCCAAUUCACAUCUAGACGAAUCGGGGCCUGGUGUUGCUAGAGACUCAUGUUAA